AUGUGUUCUUCAAACUCCAAAAAUGCUAAAGCUACUCCGGCAGCCACCACAGUACCCGACAUCAAUGGCCGGCUGGUGCUCCAACCUGCAACCUCUAACCAAAGGUUCAAAAGAUCUUCUUCACUUAAAAAGAGCCUCUCCCUUCCAAAAUCAACCACUAUAGUUCCAGUUCCACCACCACCACCUAAGCAAAAGCAAGGUGGCAACAACAAAGCAAAUUCUAUGAAUUCCACCACAAAAACUGUAAUUCCUAAUAAGAAGCCAAAGAAAAGUAUCUGCAUAAACUCUAGUAAUACCAAUCCGAAUUCCUUGGUGGUUAAGUACUUGCCGGAAGUGAUUGUGAAUGCUCCGGGAAGUAUAGCGGCUGCAUGGAAGGAACAGGUGGAAGUGAUGCAGGUUCAAAGCAAAAUAAAGAUUGCUCACUAUGGUAGAUCAAUUAAGCCUGCUAAGUAUGAUAGCUGCAAGAAGCUCACAUCUUUAUAUCAUCCCAAAUCUGUAAUUGAUAGAAGCCCAGUUACCAAUGUAACAGAAGAGAAAAGAUGCAGCUUCAUCACCCCAUAUUCAGACCCUAUAUUCAUUGCGUACCAUGAUGAAGAAUGGGGAAUUCCGGUACAUGAUGAUAAUUUUAUUGGCAACACGAAAUCUGAUUUGUUAUUUGAAUGUGCAUCUCAUGCGAAUGAGUUUGAUAUGUUCGAAUGA